AUGGCGGCACGAUGUGGCCACGCCACGACGGGCUCGCUGCACCCGAAUUGGCUUGAAUUAGCGCGGAUUUGGGGCAAGCACAGCGGCCCUGGCACGUGCCGGUUCCGGGGCCGCCUGGAGCCCGCCCGCACCCUGAUGCCUCCGCGGCCUCCCGGGCUGGCCGCGAGCAGCAGCCGCCUUCGUCUGCCCUCUUGGGCACCGAGACCCACCUCUCCUUCCCCACCUUCACAGCACAAAGGAGAAGAUCAUUUCACGUACUGUCCAGCAACAGGCCUGGCUGUGGGGAACGAGCGCUCGGCGUUUGCUGGCUGGGCGUUCCCGUUCCCAGGGGUGUUUCUGACGGAAGAGUUCAUUGGGGAAGAUGAGGAGUCGGAGAUAGUUGGACUCAUGGAUCAGGAUGACUGGAAACCGUCACAGUCUGGCCGAAAAAAGCAGGACUAUGGACCCAAAGUGAACUUUAAGAAGCAGAGACUGAAAGCUGGCGGCUUCCUCGGUUUGCCAAGUUUUAGUAAAAAGAUCGUGGCACAGAUGAAGGCCUACUCUGUGCUAGAUGGUUUCUUGCCUGUUGAGCAAUGCAAUCUGGACUACCUGCCAGAAAGAGGUUCUGCCAUCGACCCACAUUUUGAUGACUGGUGGCUCUGGGGAGAGCGGCUGGUUAGCUUAAACUUGCUCUCAAAAACGGUCCUGUCCAUGUCUUGCGAUUCAGAGGACAGCAUCCAAUUAUUUCCCAUUUUCACUAAAGAAAAAGGGGAAUUAAGUCCCUUUGGAUGUCUUGCACAGACGUCAGCGUGCGAAAAUUCAAGCAAACCGAGAAUUAACUGCACUUCAUCCCCAAGGCUUGUUCCCAGUAAAGAAGUGACUGUUGCCAUUCACCUACCCAGGAGGUCCCUGGUGGUGCUUUACGGUGACGCGCGGUACCGGUGGAAACACGGGAUCUACCGCAAGCACAUAGAGCAGCGCCGAAUCUGUGUCACGUUCCGGGAGCUCUCCGCGGAGUUCAGCACCGGGGGAAAGCACGAGGAACUGGGGAGAGAACUGCUGGGAAUAGCUCUUUCCUUUCAAGGAAGACCAGUAUGAUCUUCCAGAGGAAGAUGGAACUGCAUUUUGUUGGGAUAUUUGAGAAAUAAAGGAUAAAAUUUUUACAACGUGA